CAGAGCAGCAGAGGCGGCUACAGUUUGGGCGCGUGACGUGUACGGCGUGGCAAGGCUGGCGGCGGAGAGCAUGCAGGGCAACUCGCUGCCAUGGCUCCGCGCGGAUGUUCGGUUUAUGCAGCUGGGCAUUUUGGCGAUGAGCGUGUGCGACGCGGUUUGCUUUGCGGCGCUCUUUGCGGUCCUGGGCGCGUUUGUGGGUGCGCACUCUGACCAGUUCUGGGCAUGGGCGCUCACCUCGUUCUCGUUCUCAGCUUCACUGGGCGACCUGGUACUCCUUGCCUGUUGCCGGGCGGUGGUACUGGGCGGAUGGUACGGGGUCCGCCGGGGGACGCGGUCGUUGGGUGUGGCGGUCGUUGUUGCACUCGUGAGCGUGGGCUACGCCGUUGCCAAGGCUGCGGCGUUCAGGUACGGAGCACAGCCACGCGGACUACGGGCCGGCGAGACCUGGGGCUCGGGGCUUGCAGAAAGCGCGCGCGGACUGGAGAUUGCGCUGGUGGUGUUUGGAGUGGUGGUACCGGCGGCCGAGCUUGCGCUGCUGUGGAAGCUGCUUCUGCGCAUUGCGCGAGUCCAGCUGCUGCUCGAGACACCGUCGUUGCUAGGAGCUCGCAGCUCGUCCAUCAACACCGGUCCGUACGGCGAGACGAUGGGUGUGGCAAGCGCUCGGAUCUCGCAGGCGAGUGCAGGGCAAGGCAAGAGCAAGCGGCGGAAGAAGCGGCGGAAGAAGCGCGGGGUGGCGACAGGAAGCAGGAUGCAUGCUCCUGCCGCGGCUGCGGCGCGGCUCAACACCAACGCGUCGCAACCAACGCCAGUACGCACAGACGGGCGGCGGGCGCCACGACAUGAGCUGGCGGACUUUUCAUCAGCAGGCGGCCAGAGCGGCGACGGCGAGCCGGCCAUGCCGGGCGAGCUAGUGCCUGUUGGAGGGGCGGAGCGGCCGAGUGCGAGUGCUAUCAUCCAGGGCUUUGUGCCGGGCGUAGUUGCUGAACUGCGGGCGAGCGGGCGGGCGCGUGAGGUAGCCCGCGAGGCGCGCGUGGCGCUGGCGCGCUGGAUGUCUGAUGACGGAUGGAGCGGCGGCACAGCGUCCCGGACUGAUAGCCGGCUUGUGGUGUGGGGACAUCCGCGUUCAGCGUACAUGUUCCGGGCACAGAUGCCGAUUGCGGCUACGCCGGCCAAAGUGCUUGCGUUGUGGUGCAAUGAUGAGGCCCGGCUCGAUUGGGACAGCUCGCUCAAGGACUACCGGGCGCUGGGCAGUGUGGAUGAGGACGUGGACCUGGUAUGGAUGGAGUGGGCGCUGCCAUGGCCUGUCGGCUCGCGCGACUUUGUAGCGCUCCGGUCGCACGAGCCGCUCGAGGGCGGGGCGUGCAUGUGCACUAUUGUGUCUGUCAACGUCCCGGCGAAAGAUUCAAAGAUCUCGUUCUCAGCGGUGAGGGCCCAGCUGGCCAUGUACGGACUGCAUCUUGCGCCGUCUGUAGAUGACCCGACGACAAGCGUGGCGACGCUGAUGUGCGUGCCAGAUCUUGGCGAGCACCCGCCGCAGGCCAUUGUGCCGCUCUUCCGACCCGACGGCGCGUUGCCUGGAGUUCUUACCUCACUCGCGCAGUUUGUUGACUCGGGCACGGUGGUGCCGCGGACCACACUCUCAGCCAUGACGCCGUUCUUCUCGUACACCGAGGCCGUUGUCACACCGGACAAGCGCGUGGGCGGGGCCGAGGCAGGCUCUGUCUCGUUUGAGCGAGCAGCACCACCGUCGGUCAACGGAACUCGGGCAGCACCGGCAAAGUACGCAGAGCUUGCAAACGAAGCCCUGCGGCGGAUGCGACAGGUGGUCGACGAGACGCCGUGGUCUCAGGAUGUGUCGACAGAUGUCGAUGGGCGUAACGAGGUCUUUCGCGGACACCACGGCGAGCUGGCGUGCGUGCGGUCUGUUGCGACGACGAGCGUCGGCAUCGACGAGGUGGAGCGAGUGCUGACCCAGCCGCAGGCGCGGCUCGCGUGGGACACGGGCGCAACGGGCAUGCACGAGCUGCGACACUUUGCCGACUCGAUGAGCGUGAUGUGGAUGGAGCGGCGGAUGCCGUGGCCGGCCUCGAGCCGUGACUUUGUCUUUCUCCAGGCGGUCUUAGCGGCGAAACACGGCUCAGCGGCGCGGGCGGUUGUUCUCGCCUCGCUCGACGAAGACUUUACGUUGCCUGAGGCGUACGCGUCCGACUUGCCGGACCGGGUUCGGGGCAAGUUUCUUCCGGGCGGCGGCUUCCUUUUGGAGCCGCUCGGCAGCGGCGGCGGCGAUGGCACCCGCAUCACAGUGGUGUCGGCAGUCGAUCUCAACUUUAAGGGCAAGCAGGGCCGACAGUGGAGCGGCAAGAUUCCUAACCCAUCGCUGGCGGCGCUUGUGGCGCGACACGUCGAGGGCGAAUGA